UAUAUAUAUAGAGCGGAUGCAUUUACAAAACAAUUGAUUGUUUAUAUUCGAACUUAGCUAAAGUUGGGGUAAGCUUUGGUUUAUUUUGAACUAACAUAAUGACGCUUCAAUGCCGCACCUGCGGAAGCGUCAUCUACAACAAAAUGCCCAAGAAUCUCUUUCACAUUGAGAACGAGACGUUGCUGCAAAACAUAAAUCUUGUAACUGGCACAAUGCUCCACAAUGAUCCAGACCUGCCCAGCUGCAUAUGCGCCUGCUGUACGCUGGACUUGAACCAAGCUAUUGUGUUCCGGGAGCGGUGCAUCCAAACGCAGGAGCAACUCGUCCAGCAGCAUAGAUCUCCCGAAGCAAAGGAACCGGCUGAGGAUGAUGAAGACUGUCUACAAAUUAAGGAAGAACAUGAUGCGGAGGAGCUGGCAUCGCCGGCGGAUGAGCUGAACGAUCCAUUCGGGGAAGUCGAUGAAUACUUCGAAGAAUCCCCAGAUGAGGAUGCGGAUCGUGAUAUUGAUGCGCAUCAAGAUCUGGAUGAGGACCAAUAUAUUGAUUCUAUUGAAGAUGCUGAUGCGCUUCAAGAUAUGGAUGCAGUUCAGCUGGAAGUAGCCGAAGAGGUUUCUCAUGAUGCCGAAUCCCUAAUCUCAAGUGUACAGAAGGAAUUUGAGAAUAUUUACAACGACGACAGUAACUCGGACAACAAGGACUUCAUGGAGGCCCAAAACGGUGCCUAUUUCACUGAAACUGCGAAUGAAUACGAAAUAUCCUCGAACCCAAACUCACCACUGCCCGAGUUAAAGAGUGCAGAAGGUCGGUCAACAGCAAACAGUGGCUCAACGAAGGCAACGACCACGAAACCCAAGCGGAAAAAACAGUACGUUACGUGGAAGAACAUGACCGAGGAACAGAUCAUAGAGCGGAAGCGUCUGCAGCGUAAACGCGACUGCGUCUGCGAACAGUGUGGCCGGCACUUCACCGACCAGAGCAACUUCAAGCUGCACAUGUUGCGGCACACGGGCAAGAAGAACUUCGUCUGCCAGCAGUGCGGCAAGCGGUUCUACACCGACCAUCUGAUGACACUGCACCACCGGAUCCUUCACCAAGGCGAGAAGCCCUACGCCUGCCGGUUUUGCAACAAGGCAUUCCACAACAGUAACACGCGCCUUAUUCACGAAAGGAUUCAUACCAAUGCCAAGCCUUACAGCUGUCAUCAAUGCGACAAAAGUUUUAAGUCAGCUUCUGGGCGCAAGCGGCACGAACUAAUUCACUCGGGAGUGCGGGCUUUUACCUGCACUAUCUGCAAUCAAUCCUUCCAGCGCAACACCCACUUAAAGGCCCAUCUGCGGUCCAAGUUUCACACUGCUAAAGCGAGAAGCAUGGGUGCGGAGGAUCAACAAUUAUAAACUAAUGUAUAGUGUUUUAUUGAAAAACAAUUAUUAAAUAUAAGAUCUAAAAGAA